AUGACCAACUUUGUAACACUCUUGGAAAACACCCACUGGUAUCAGCCUACGACGGCGUGUCGACACAGAAGCCCCCUCUGGAUGGUCCGAUGUGAGGACCGUGCAGCACUGGACGGAAGGAUUUUUGGGGAUGAGCGGGUCAGAUCAACGAAAGCCUGCCUCACUCUGGUGCGACCCAAACGAGAGCUCGUAUGCUUCUCCGAAGCGCGUCUGUUGCGUGAGGUAGGCGUAGCACUGGGUGGUGUUCUGGUACUGCCGGAGUGCCGGUCCGACGCAGUACUGUUGGGCGGUGCUGCAGAUGCUGACGGCGAGCUUGUUCUGGAUGUAGUCGACCACCCACUGCCACCAGCCGGUAAAGCUGGCAUCGUACAUGGAAAUUUCGCCGACGGGGUUGAAUACGUUCCAGGUUUGGAUCACGAUCGGGAUAGUGGCAUUGAUAGCCUGAUAGGAGAAUUGAAAGCUGCUGGCGGGCCAACAAUCUCCGCGAUCGGACCAGAGGAUGACCAAAGAGGCCUACGGCAGCCAGCACCGAACGAUGUCGACCACCCACUGCCACCAGCCGGUGAAGCUGGCGUCGUACAUCGAUUUUUCUCCGGUAGGGUGGAAUACGUUCCAGGUUUGGAUCUGGAAGAGACGUGGAUAGGGACUUGGGCGCGAGAGUAG